AUGGGUCAAACCCUCUCGGAGCCUGUUGUCGAAAAGACUUCCGACAAGGGCGAGGAUGACAGACUCGUCUACGGCGUCUCCGCCAUGCAGGGCUGGCGUAUCAGCAUGGAAGAUUCUCACACCACCGUGCUUGACCUCGCCGCCGGCGCCAACCUCGAUCCCAAGAUUCACUCCUCCAAGCUAUCCUUUUUCGGCGUUUUCGACGGUCACGGCGGGAGUACGGUAGCGUUAUUUGCGGGCGAGAACAUUCAUAAUAUUAUUCUUAAGCAGGAUACCUUCAAAGCCGGUGAUUAUGCGCAGGGACUGAAGGAUGGUUUCCUCGCCACUGACAGAGCCAUCCUCAACGACCCCAAAUACGAGGACGAAGUUUCCGGCUGUACAGCAUGUGUCAGUUUGAUUGCUGGAAACAAGCUAUACGUCGCCAACGCCGGUGACUCACGGGGUGUACUGGGCAUCAAAGGCCGGGCAAAGCCCAUGUCACAGGAUCAUAAGCCUCAGCUUGAAAACGAGAAGAAUCGAAUUACCGCCGCUGGUGGUUUCGUUGAUUUUGGACGUGUCAACGGCAACUUGGCCCUGUCACGCGCCAUUGGUGACUUUGAAUUCAAGAAGAGUGCUGAGCUCCCCCCGGAGCAGCAAAUUGUCACCGCCUUCCCCGAUGUUGAAGAACACGAACUUACCGACGAGGACGAAUUUUUGGUCCUUGCUUGUGAUGGUAUCUGGGAUUGUCAGUCUUCACAGGCCGUUGUCGAGUUCGUCAGACGUGGCAUUGCCGCAAAGCAGGAUCUGGAAAAGAUCUGUGAGAACAUGAUGGACAACUGCCUGGCAUCCAACUCGGAAACGGGCGGUGUCGGCUGCGACAACAUGACCAUGUCCAUCAUUGGUUUCCUCAACGGCAAAACCAAGGAGCAAUGGUACGAGGAGAUCGCCAAGCGAGUCGCAAACGGAGACGGCCCUUGCGCUCCCCCCGAAUAUGCUGAGUUCCGUGGUCCUGGAGUCCACCACAACUACGAGGAUAGUGACAGUGGUUAUGAGAUGGAUGCAGAGAACAAGGGCAAAAGCCUCGGAGUUGGUGGGUUACGAGGCCGAAUUAUUUUUCUCGGCGAUGGCACAGAGGUUCUCACCGAUUCAGAUGAUACCGAAAUGUUCGAUAACGCCGACGAAGAUAAAGACCUCGAGAGUCAAGUGUCCAAGAAUAGCAAUCCGACGUCAAGCGAGAAGCAAGAUACGACGUCGUCCUCCGCUGACUCCGCAGCCACCGAAUCGAAACAAGAAACAGAAUCGCAGUCAAAGAGCAACGAGUCCACUUCAGCCGCUGCACCGGAGCAGUCGAAAGAGCAGAAAGAAACGAAAACCGAAUCGACCUCCGACGAUAGUAAGAAGGAAUAG